AUGGAAACACUUAAAACUUUCAUGGGUACAUGGUUGAUAAGUAANUCGGGGAGAGUGUCUCGCGAGAGAGACGCCUCGUUUGACCUGACCUCAGUGAAACCCGAUAAGUUGAGUACGCGUCUUCUAUCACAAAAUGUGUGGAAACCUCAUGAAAGCGUCUCUGUUAGUGAUGAUACGAUCAAUAGACAAGAACAACAACAGCAACAACAACAACAACAACGACAACAACAGAGCGAGGGACCUAAAGAUAGCCCCCGCCCUAUUAUCCCUCUUUUACACGAACCAAGCUUGUCAGAUAAGAACAGUGAUAGACCAGACUCGCAAUCCAACGCCAUCUUUACCCCAGCAGAAGGUGAAGCCCAGACUGUUCACGAUGCCCAGAUUCAUGAUUUCGGCAUCGUGGAUUUCCUAAAAGCCCAGCCGUACAUGCCCAAAGGCUAUGAAGACUACAGUCAAGUACACCGCGUGUCUACAGUGUCCCCGCUGACCCUGAGCCCAAAUCCUCCGAGCUUUCACUGGUCAGAUGACAGCGAUGACGACUUCUUAGCGCAACUCUGCACCCAAAGCGUGCAAGAUGACCAGAGGGCCGACCAAGAUGAGGAUGACCGGGCGACAUUGACUGACCUGGCCUGGGAACUAGCCUCGACUACAGGCCGGUUGACUCAGUGUGAAUUAGAUGACGAGGAAGGGGAGGGUGAGGAGGAAUUUGACGAGGACAGUAUCGAGACCAAUGACUUUGGCUCAGGUCUGAGCUCAAGCGAAGAAGACACAAACGUAGUCGACACCUACAGCGCAAAUAUUAAUAGAAUCAAAGAGACAGACGAGAACACGCUUGCGGAAAAGGAAGUCCAUGCUUUGAAAUGACGUUUUCUUCUUUCUCCCGUUAGUAACAGCAAGACCAUAGAUUGGAACAUUGAUAUCCAUUCGUGAUAUGGCAGAGCUUUUGAAAUCUGUCACUGAAAGAUGAUUCACUAGUGUAUGUUUGCUGCAUUGAAAGAAGACGAUUAGUCUCAUUUCCUUGAAGAUUCUCUGGCACUGUUAAGAAAGUGGGUUCUUCCAGAAGAAAUCAAAAUUCGUUUUGGUACUAUGUGAACUGUUCAGACAGAAACGAUAAGCACAGUCGACUGUGAAGAGCCACUUGGAAUUACGAUCUUAGAUCAUGACAAAUAGUCCACUUCCGAGUUGCCUUUUGCCUCUGUCUCCGUGCGAAACCAUUCAUAUGAAAAUGUGUUACGCCUACAGGUUCAC